AUGAAUUUCGUUUUGUCGCGGCGAGUGCUGCGGAUGGGCGGCUGCCAGGUGCUGGAACCAAACAUAUAUAAUGUCCGCCAACUGCUGAAGACCUUCGACACGAUCGUCUACGCCGCGGAUGGGGUGCUGUGGCGCCACGAUCAGGCACUCACGGGAGCUGCCGAUACGUUCAAUGCCCUGCGGGCGAUGGGCAAGAAUUCGUUCAUCUGCACCAACAACUCGGAGGCCUCGUGCCGGGCCCUGAGCAAGAAGGCAGACAGCAUGGGCUUCCUGAUAGCCGAGAACGAGAUCCUCUCCUCGGCGCAGGCUCUGGCCCGCUAUAUGCGAGAGCGGAAGUUCAAUCGCAAGGUCUACAUCGUGGGUGGCCAGGGCAUCAAGGACGAGCUGCGGCAGGUCGGGAUCGAGAGUCUGCCGCUGGACUUGGCCUCCACGCAGGAGAACUCCAUGGUGGACCAGGUGCAAAAAAUGUACUUAGAUGCGAAUGUGGGCGCCGUGGCCGUCGGCAUGGACUUGGGCCUCAAUGUGCUGAAGCUGACCAAGGCCAGCAUAUACCUCCGGGACCCAAAGACCCUCUUUUUGGCCACCAAUCGCGAUCGCGCCUUUCCAGUGGCUGCCGACCGUCAAGUGCCCGGGGCGGGAGUCGUGGUGGCUGCCAUACAGGCGGUGGCGAAGCGGGCCCCGUUCACCUGCGGCAAGCCCAGUCCCUAUGUCUGCUCCCAUCUGAUACGUCAGGGUGUCAUCGAGCCGGAACGCACCCUGCUGGUGGGCGACACCAUGUACACGGAUAUGCAGUUCGGCUACAACUGCGGCUUUCACACUCUACUGGUGGGCACUGGCGUCAGCAGUCUCCAGGAUGUCCGCCAUGCCCUGGCCUCUAAGCAGGCCUUUGCGUACCAGCAGAUACCAGACCUGCAUCUGCACAGGCUCUCGGACUUGCUGCCAUUCAUACCCUCCCGAAACUAUUAAGGCCCCUACACCUGACACCUUACCCCUUACACCUUACCCCUUAGACUACAUUCAUUACUUUAGACAGACAGAUAGACACCACGCUCUUACGGCAGUACUUUUGAUACCCCUCGCUGUGGGGGGAAUGUAUAAUUGAUUGAUAAUUAAAUUUAUGUGGCACUGGCGCGCCCUUUAGGGGGGAUCCCGAGAAGGGUCCU